ACACCUCCGUCCUCAUCCUCACAUGCCAAAUUCGUCUAGCAUUGGCUGUCCUCAUUAAAAAUGCCAUGUCGUCCACGGGCAAACCAAAAGCAAUGGAGCGAGACCCCCCUCCUCUUCUGUUUAUGCCUCCAUCACCUUCCAUCUCUCGUGUCUCGCUUCCCGGCUCUCUCACAACCAGCGUUCAAGCUCUCGGGAGACACAAUCUGAAAUGGAAUCCCACCACCGUAGACGCCUCGCGUUCUGGGUCAGAUAUGCCACCGGAACAGCGACGUCCUGAGUGGGCCUUACAGACCAAGGGGAGCUAUGGAGGCACCGAUAGGACAGAUGCACUAUGGGCAGAAAUGCAAGCCACGCUGGAAAAGGUGGAAUUAUCUGCCUCCGAAGGCACUCAUGUAUUUGGACCUGAGCAUGACCGCAAACUAGGAGAUUUGCGGACUGCUCAAAUUGUACUUGCACAAGCCUGGGCCAGAAGUGAGGCAGACGAUACCAUAGAGACUGCUCUGCGUGACCAUAUGAAUGACGUUAAGGGUGAUGAACUACAUAAUCUACGAGACGGGCUGUUGGACUCGUCAAGGCCUGAGAGGGGAGAAGGGACUGAUGCAGCAAAGAGCAUGAUGGGCACAUCAAGUGGAUGGCAAGGGAGUGACGAAAAAAGAGCUGACCGUCUAGGAGCAAAGUUAGUAGAAGAAACGGAGGCCGACAUUCUCCUCGCGAGAAAGAGACGAGAGGCCAACGAUGAAUAUUUUGAGCGCGUUAACGACGGUGUUAUCGACGUCAUUGCUAAACUUGAAUCAGUAGCAGUGGCCAUGCGAGCGGUAGAAGAAGAAACAAAAGAUUUAUGGAACGAUACUGCCAGUCCUCAGGUCAAGUAAAGGGGCUGAAACAAUAGAUAUAUGACGUUUUGCGACAUCAAUAAUACAUUACCUAGUAGUUAAUAGGUAAAUUAAUACACUCCAUCGGAAUAAGAAACACGUCGUCAAGAAUCGGGUUAAGGAAGAGAGGGGCACUAAGAGGGA